UUUAAAUCAAACAUAGGAACAAGAAUUUAAAUUUGAUGUUAGUCAAUACUAAAAUGCCAUUUCCCACCUACUAUCAAUUUUAAUAUGGCUUAAAAUCUGAAUAUUCCGUAAAUAAGUACUUUGAAAAUAAUACCUUGGGGUUAAAAUAUCAGGAAACAUGAGAAAUUAUUUUUUUUCUUUAAGUGAAAUUCUGCGAUAUUGGGUGUAGUGCACAAUACUCACAAUUUCAGGCACAAGGUGUCGCUCUUUCCUUGAUGAAAAUAGUUCAUUCAAGGGUUGGUCUGACCAUCCAGGAACUCCCCAUAUAAAACGACUCCAUCAAGCCGGUCGCGACUGUUAACGGAUCCUAUGAAGCUUCUAAAAAAUUCAGCGAGAUUUUAAACCCGAAACUGGAGUCUCUGGUACUGUAAGUGUAAAGAAUCAUUUUUUGCAAGUUAAUGUCGUGUGCAAUGUUUGGGGUUCAAAGAGGGGGACUGGACACUCAGCAACUGCUGCUGUCGCUUCUGCUAUUCGCGCUCUGGGAGGCCGGGAGCGGCCAGGUCCACUACGCGGUCCCCGAGGAGGCCAAGCACGGCACCUUCGUGGGCCGCAUCGCGCAGGACCUGGGGCUGGAGCUGGCGGAGCUGGUGCCGCGCCUGUUCCGGGUGGCGUCCAAGGGCCGCGGGGACCUCCUGGAGGUAAAUCUGCAGAAUGGCAUUUUGUUUGUGAAUUCUCGGAUCGACCGCGAGGAGCUGUGCGGGCGGAGCGCGGAGUGCAGCAUCCACCUGGAGGUGGUGGUGGAGCGGCCGCUGCAGGUGUUCCACGUGGAGGUGGAGGUGAAGGACAUUAACGACAACCCGCCGGUGUUCUCUCUCAGAGAACAAAAGCUGCUGAUUCCGGAAUCGAAGCCACCUGACUCUCAUUUUCCUCUAGAGGGCGCCUCUGAUGCGGAUACAGGAGAGAAUGCUCUAUUGACUUACAGACUAAGUCAAAAUGAAUAUUUUUCUUUAGAAUUACCAAGAAAUAGUAAGCAGACUAAUAGACUAUCACUUACACUAAAGAAACCUCUGGAUCGGGAGAAAACUCCGGAAAUUAGUUUGCUACUGACGGCUGCAGACCAGGGAAAGCCGGAGCUAACUGGCACGGCUCAGCUUUUCAUCUGCAUCUUGGAUAUUAACGACAAUGAUCCAGAAUUUGAACAACCAGAAUACAAGGUGAGAUUAAUGGAAAAUGCAGCCAAAGAAACGUUUGUGAUAAAAUUGAACGCUACAGAUCUAGAUGAAGGCGCCAAUGGGGAGGUCACAUACUCCUUGUCGUCCAUUAGGCCCAAUGGAAAGCCCUUCUUCACAAUAGGUAAGAAUAGCGGAGAGGUGAGGGUCAAUGGAACUUUAGACUAUGAAACAAACAAGUUUUAUGAAAUUGAAGUACAGGCCACAGAUAAGGGAAAUCCUCCAAUGGCAGGUCACUGUACGGUCUGGGUAGAAAUCUUAGAUGCCAAUGAUAAUGCGCCUGAGAUCACCGUGACUUCCCUGUCUCUCCCAGUACCGGAGGCCACUCAGCCUGGCACCGUCAUUGCGUUAAUUAGUGUAUCCGACCGCGAUUCUGGUGCGAACGGACAGGUGAUCUGUUCUCUAACGCCCGAAGUUCCCUUCAAGAUCAUGUCCACCUUCAAGAACUACUACUCACUAGUGCUGGACAGCGCCCUGGACCGGGAGAAGGUGUCACACUACGAGUUGGUGGUGACAGCGCGGGACCAGGGUUCGCCUUCUCUGUCGGCCACAGCCAGCGUGUCCGUGGAGGUGGCCGACGUGAACGACAACGCGCCGCUGUUCGCGCAGCCCGAGUACACGGUGUUCGUGAAGGAGAACAACCCGCCCGGCGGCCACAUCUUCACGGUGUCGGCGCGGGACGCGGACGCGCAGGAGAACGCGCGGGUGUCCUACUCGCUGGUGGAGCGGCGGGUGGGCGAGCGCGCGCUGUCGAGCUACGUGUCGGUGCACGCGGAGAGCGGCCAGGUGUCCGCGCUGCAGCCGCUGGACCGCGAGGAGCUGGAGCUGCUGCAGUUCCAGGUGAGCGCGCGCGACGCGGGCGAGCCUCCUCUGGGCAGCACCGUGACGCUGCAGGUGUUCGUGCUGGACGAGAACGACCACGCGCCCGCGCUGCUGCCUCCGGCCCCGGGCGGCCCGGGUGCGUGCGGGCCGGGGAAGCCCGUGCUGGUGUGCUCCAGCGCCGUGGGGAGCUGGUCGUACUCCCAGCAGAGGCGGCAGAGGGUGUGCUCUGGGGAGGGACCGCCCAAGACGGACCUCAUGGCCUUCAGCCCCAGUCUUCCUCCGGGUCCGCAUAAAGAAGAUGGAGCGGAAAGGCAGGAGACCGGGUCAAACCAUUUUGAGCAGAGUGACAUGUUUCCAGUAGAUGGUCUUCAGAUACAUUCUGUCACAGGUGCUGCCUUCUUUCAAGAUGAGACGCACUUUGCUCUUCAGACAUUUUCUGUCGAUAACACCGGCAUCUUUUGGCUGCGGAACUAUGUUGUAUCAACAGUUGUUCUUUAG